UAAAAUAUCUGAGAGCCAUCGAAAAAUUCGUACUUUAUUCAUAAACAUUCCAUCAUUCGUGCGAAGAGGGCGCUAAAUUUAACGAAACCAAAAAGCUGAGAGAGUUUACUGUUUCAGUUGAUAUUUCAUUUUUUGGUUUUAGUUCAAGUUGAGUGCUUUUGUUGUUUGCACUGAGCCUCCGAAUAAAACAGUAGAAUAACCGUAAUUGUGUAACAACGUUAGUUUACUGAUACGGCAAAAUAAACUCGUAGUCGGCUUACUGGGCUUGAGCAAAAAAUCAAGAAAAACAAAUUACCUGCUUACUCUCAUUUGCUUAGAAGAGAGAAGUGACGUCGGUUCAUGGUAAAGUUUCGAAACAAAAUGAAGCGUGAGUCAAAUUCUUUGCAGCCGAUGUGUAGAGCAGGUUGUGGUUUCUACGGUGAUCCAGCACAGGACGGAUUAUGUUCAGUAUGUUACGCGGACUCGUUAAGAAAAAAGCAGCAACAAUCAUCUGCCUCUUCUGAUUCCCACAACAGUAUUGAAACUGUCAACUCGUCGCAAAGCUUUACCGGUAUAGCAGUCGCUACAGCAACUUCAGCGCCUGCAGUAGCGUGCGCCAUCUCAGUUUCAUCACUAACAGUAACAAACACCGCACAGCCAGCAGUUCAAAGUACGCUCUCUAGUUCCGAAAAUCAGAAGCAAAUCGAUAACAAUAGUGGAUCAGGCUGCAGUCAACCUAAUACCAGUGAAGAUACAGACGAUGAGACAGACAGCAAAAAGAAGAAGAAUCGAUGUAUGACUUGCCGCAAAAAAGUUGGACUAACUGGUUUUGAUUGCCGUUGCGGUGGUCUAUUCUGUGCGAUACAUCGGUACAGUGAUAAACACGACUGCACGUUCGAUUACCGAGAGUUCGGAGCGGCGGAAAUUAGACGUAACAAUCCGGUCGUGGAUGGAGAAAAGAUCCAGAAAAUUUGAACACCUUAU